ACGACGACCCCACCAUUGGGGGAACCAGAGGAGCUGCCCGACGCCCGAAAUAAGAUUUAAAAUGGAAGGCAUACGAAGGAGAGAUUAUGCAAGGCUGUUAAUUGCACCCGUUGCUUUUGCUACAGCAUCUUUUUUUCUUUGGUUUGUCUUUGUGAAUCGGCCUGCACUGAGGAAUGGUAUCACUCCUGACCUGCACUUCCCAAAGUCUUUAGAUGAUCUGCGCGAACUGGUACGAGUUUCAAGUGCAUAUAAGGAAGAUCACUGGUACUAUGUUGUCUUCUUGUUUUCAUCAGCAUAUAUAUACAAACAGACAUUUGCUAUACCAGGAUCUGCACUGUUGAAUCUUCUUGGUGGAGCCUUGCUAGGUUGUUGGCCUCUUGGUUUUCCAUUAUGCUGUGUCUUAACAGCAACUGGGGCAUCAAACUGCUUUCUCCUCUCCCGGCUUGUGGGAAAGAAAAUCAUCCAGAGAAAGUUUGCAACAAAAAUAAAUUGGUUUAGAGAGAAGAUCUCCGAGAAUGAAAACCAGCUUUUCCUCUUUUUAGUAAGUCUGCGAGUUUUCCCAAUGACUCCAAAUUGGCUGUUGAACAUCAUGGCACCCUACGUAAAUGUGCCUCUUCUUAUGUUCUUCCUUUCUGUGUUCUUUGGUCUGUUGCCUUAUAACUUUCUUUGUGUUCAAGCUGGUGAAAUGCUCUCUGAUAUUAAGUCAAUGGAUGACAUCUUUACUCCCAAAAGGCUUUUAGCACUCAUUACUAUAGCACUGAUUAUGUUCACACUUUCACAUUUUGCUCGGAAAAGGAAAGCCAAACACACCGAUUGACUUCUCUGUAUAAUUUUUAAUUGGCUGUUUUAUUAUAUUAUUAAUUAUUUGUAUUAAUUUUAUUAUUGAGCUAUUACCUCCUCAGUCAUGUGAUAAUGUAAUAUUUGCUGCAUAUAAUAAAAAUAUUUGCAGUCCAGAA